GCUCCUAACAAUUUUUUUUCUAUUUUUUAAGCCUUGCCCAUCCUCACAAGCAUUGGUCCUUCUAUAUAAAUCUCACUGAUCUCGAGCACAAAACAUCUAAUCUGUUUUUGCUUAGAAUAUUCACAACUCAUAUAUAUCAAAUAAUCAUGGCGAAGCAACAGCAAAGCCACGUUGUCAUAGUCACAUAUCCCGCACAGGGUCAUAUAAACCCUGCCCUCCAAUUCGCCAUACGCCUCAUUCGCUUGGGAGUGCAUGUCACCUUCUUCACCACCGUUAGCGCCCACCAUCGCCGCAUGUUCAAAAGCACUCCUCCUAAUGGCUUGUCGUUCGCCACCUUCUCUGACGGCUACGAUGACGGAGUUAUACCUGUGGACGACAUUGGUAAACGAUGGGAUCAACUCAAACGCAAUGGCUCCAAAACUCUCGCUGACCUCAUUGUCUCCACCGCCAAUAAACAACACAUAGUUUACACACUGCUUGUACCUUGGGCUGCUGACGUGGCUCGUGAACUUCACCUUCCUUCCACGUUUCUUUGGAUUCAACCUGCCAUGGUUUUUGACAUAUAUUACUACUACUUCAACGGUUUUGCCGAUGUUAUCAGAAACUACGACAAUGACUGCCCCUCAUCUUCGAUAGAGUUACCGGGACUACCAUUACUCAUGGCUAGCCGUGACCUUCCCUCCUUUUUGCUUGCUUCCAAUCCUUACACUUAUGCUCUCCCAAUAUAUCAAGCCCACCUUGAAGUGCUUGAAAAAGAGAGCAAUCCGAGAAUUCUGGUGAAUACCUUUGAUGCACUAGAGCCUGAGGCCUUGAAGGCGAUUGAAAAGUUUAAUUUGGUUGCAGUUGGACCUCUACUUCCAUCAGAUAAGUCAUUUGGAGGAGAUGUUUCCAAAGACUACAUCGAAUGGCUCAACUCUAAGCCUGAAUCAUCGGUUAUUUAUGUUUCAUUUGGGAGCUUAGCAGUCUUAAUGAAGCAACAAAUGGAGGAAAUUGCACGCGGACUGUUGGGUUGUGGGAGGCCCUUCUUGUGGGUCAUAAGAGCUAAGGAAAAUGGAGAAGAAGAGAAGUUGAGUUGCAGAGAGGAAUUGGAACAAAUGGGAAUGAUAGUGCCAUGGUGUUCCCAGGUGGAGGUUUUGUCGCAUCCUUCACUAGGAUGCUUCGUGACACAUUGUGGGUGGAAUUCAACUUUAGAGAGUUUGGUUUUAGGGGUGCCAAUGGUAGCAUUUCCACAACAGUCUGAUCAAGGGACUAAUGCAAAGCUAACUGAAGAUGUGUGGAAGACAGGAGUGAGGGUGAUGGUGAAUAAGGAUGGGAUUGUUGAAGGUGAUGAGAUUAAGAGGUGUUUGGAAUUGGUUGUGGGAGAUGGAGAGAGAGGGGAAGCAAUUAGAAGGAAUGCCAAGAAAUGGAAGGAGUUGGCUAUGGAGGCUGCCAAUGAAUUUGGUUCUUCCUAUAACAAUCUUAAAGCUUUUGUGGAUGAGAUUGGUGAAGGUAAUGCCAUUGCUAAAAGAGUGUAGGUUUGCUGUUGAAAUAAUUUUACGUCCACUUUUAUAUAUUAAAAUAUGUAUAUUUUUGCAUAUUAAUUGUGAAUAUAGAUAUAAAAUAGUAGAAAUAAACGACCGUAAGAUAUGUGGUUGAUUUAUGUUUUUUGCCUU